CUCUGCGGGGCUAGCGCUUCGGUUCCGCUCGGCUCAGGGAGCCUCGGUAAAAUCGGUAAAAACGUGUUCAGUUUCCCUCAGUAUUAUUUCUCUGCAGCCCAUUUUGACGCGCACUGUGCCGUAGAUUUACACUCUGAUCCAGUCGGCGUUAACACAUAGAAUUAUCAGUUUACAAACGAGCAAACGCCACUAGUUAGGCUGUCAGCUAGCAAAGUGAGAAGCGUUUUAACGUUAGUCUCACUGCAUAUUGAUGGAUUUUCAUUUCAAAAGCAUUCCGAGUUAGACUUGAAAUGUUUCAUAAUAGAUAACUCCGAGUGCUCCAAGUGUUGUAUACCGUAUACUCCUGGACGCCUUGAUAUUAAUCGAGCUAAUGUCCAUAUAUUCGAGCUUGGUUAUCAUCCUGUAAAGACGAGCUAAAGGAAAGGGACGCUGUCAUGUCCGAUCUGCUUAAAGACAAAUCCCAAAGAAGAGAGAAGAGGACAGGCAAGGUGCCCUCAGAGGGAAGCCAUGGAGUCAGAGGCAAGGAAACAACUGGCAGGACUAAGGACUCUGUAAGUACUGUGUCAUACUUGGAUGAGCUAGGACACCACGAUGACAACGCUCGAAUGGCUGUAACAAUGGAGAACACCUACCAGAUGGGACCUUACAAACGCUUCCCUGUCCCUGCUGUCACAGACAUACUGAAGGAUGUACUUACCAGUUACCUCCAAGAAGAGAAAUAUGAAGCAGAGUGGUCUCAAAAAAUGACAAAAACAAUAUGUGAGGUGAUAAGGGCCCGUGUGAAGGACCUCAUGAUCCCCAGGUAUAAGAUAGUCGUCCUGGUCCACAUCGGCCAGCUCACUGGGCAGAGCAUGCAAAUUAGCAGCCGCUGCCUCUGGGAUGCAUCCAACGACACCUUCGCCUCUUACUCUUUCAAGAACAGCUCUCUGUUAGGUGUGGCAACUGUGUACGCUGUUUACUUUGAGUGAAUCAUAGACAUUGCAUGCACGCUAUUAAAUACACAGGAAUCAUUUUAGUUAUGUA